AAUACAUUAAAGAUUUAAUUUGUAUUUUUCUCUUUUCAUAUCCAUAUGCAUAUCAAGAUAUAUUUUCUAUUUUUCUCAAAUGACGCGCCCUAAUGGUAGUUAUAUCUAUAGUUCAAAACUGAAGUUAAUUCUCAGUUUCACGGGAAAGAUAGAGUAUGUCAAUAUUCGCCAAUGUUUUUUCGCUGUUUCAACAUGAUGUGAUAAAUUUCCAAAGAGAAAUUCUAAAAGAAGGCAAAUAUACAAUGAAAGAAGAAAGAAAAAAACAAAUUUCAAGAAAUAUCUUAUAUGAUUAAUUAUAGUUUAUGAUCUUAUUAUUGAAUGAAAAAAAAUAAGAAAAUAGAAAAAUGAAAAAGGGAAUAAUUAAUGAUGUAAAUUGAAGACAUUAUUUGUGACUAUUAUUAGAAAACUGGUAAUUUUAUGAUAAAUAAAAAUGAAGAUUAUGUCAUGUUAUUUUCGACGUUUAAUAAUAACAGCAUUAUUUAUUUUAUUGCUGUUUUGUGUUAUUCAAGUUUUUCGUUCGGAAUUAGGAUUUAAUGAUAAUGAAUUAUCAAAUUUAGAUAAAUUAAUACACAUAUCUCAGUUAAUUAAGGAAUCUGAACAACCUUAUAUUGGGGAAGGAAUUGUGGCUUGUAAACUACCUCAAUUAGAUGUUUCUAAUCCAGAAAUUACCAAAUUCAUUCAUGAUGUUUCUCCCUUGCAAUGUACACCAGAAGAUUGGGUUAUUCUUCGUGGCUCAAGAUUGGUUAUUAGUAAUAAAGCAAAAAAAAAAUAUGGAUCUAUAACUUGUCUUUUCAGUGAAAUUCUCAGAGAUGAUGAUUACAAUGUAUCAUUUAUGACUCCUAUUGAAUCUGAUGAUUCCUAUGUUUUAAAAUACAGUGAUUUUGUUGAUGUUAAAUGUGAAUCACAAAAUGGAAAUGAAUGGCAUAGUAUCAUGGUUGGAGUAAAGGAUGAUCCUAAAGUAAAAGAAAAAAGUAAAUGGGAAAAUGUUGGGAACAAAGCUCUUAAGUUAAAUGUACUUAUGUUUGGUUUUGAUUCUUUAUCCAGAAAUACAUUUAUACGUAAAUUACCAAAAACAUAUCAAUAUUUAAAAGAAUACUUAGAUGCUUUAAUAUUAGAAGGAUAUAAUAUAGUAGGUGAUGGAACACCACAAGCUCUUAUUCCUAUUCUUACUGGAAAGAUUGAACUUGAACUUCCAGAUACUAGGAAACGCAUGGGAUUAAAAGCAAAGUAUGUCAAUGUAUAUCCAAUGAUAUGGAAUCAGUAUAAAGAAAAUAGUUAUAUAACAGGAUUUAUGGAAGACGUUCAUCAUAUUGGAACUUUUACAUAUCGUCUAAAGGGUUUCAAUAAACAACCAACUGAUCAUUACAUGAGAACUUUCUAUUUGGCUGCCACACCAUAUUUUAGAUAUUAUAAUAAAUUUUGUGUUGGAGGCAUUCCAAGACACAUGGUAAUGUUAAAUUAUAUUAAAGAAAUUUUUAAUGUUUAUAAACAUCAACCAAAAUUUCUGUUUGGAUUUCAUGGAGAACUUUCACAUGAUUCUUAUAAUGAUAUAGGAAUGGUAGAUGAAGAUUUCUAUAAUUGGAUAAAAGAUUUACAUGAAUUUGGUCACUUGAAUAAUACAGUAUUGAUAAUAAUGAGUGAUCAUGGACAUAGGUUUGCAGAAAUUCGUAAUACUCUACAGGGUAAACAAGAAGAAAGACUACCAUACUUUUCAUUUGUAUUUCCAUUGUGGUUUAAAAAAGUUUAUCCAGAAGCUUAUGCAAAUUUUUUACAUAAUACACGUUAUUUAACAACUCCAUUUGAUAUUCACAAAACAUUAGAAAGUAUAUUAAAUUUUGAAACACCAAAAAAUGGAGAUCGUCAUCAGAGAGCUAUUAGCUUAUUUGAUAAGAUACCAUUAGAUAGAACUUGUGCGGAUGCAUUUAUAGAACCACAUUGGUGUGCAUGUCUUAAUUGGCAAGAAAUUUCAAUUGACAAUGAUAAUGUUAUUGCUGCAGCUAAGUAUUUUAUUCAAUUCCUUAAUAGUUAUACAGAAGAUCAUCGUGAUAUAUGUGAAAAAUUGAAAAUAAAAGAAAUAUUGUGGGCUGCUAAACUUAUACCUAAUAAAGGUUUACUGAAAUUUCAAAAAUCGGGAGAUCAAGAUGGUUUUAUAGGAGAUUUUAGUGCAAAAACAAAAUUAACUAUUGAAACCUAUCAAUUAAAAGUAAAAACAGAACCAGGAGCUGCUUUAUUUGAAGUCAGUAUUACUUAUGAUAUAAAAAAAAGUAGUUUUUUGACCAAAAUUUCAGAUGUUAGUAGAAUUAAUAUGUAUGGGUCUCAGGCAAGAUGUGUAGAAAAUUCUUUAUUUCAUUUAAGAAAAUAUUGUUAUUGCAAAGAUUAAACAGUUAUUAUUUAGAAAGUAAUAUACAUAUUUACUUAAAUUAAAUAGCAAAAAAAUUUUCAUGAAAAAAUUCACAAGCCAUGAAAGAAAUGCUGUGAUUAGAAUUAUAUUUCAAUUUUUAUAUUUACCUCAUGUUUUUCGUCUUAACAAACAUUAUAAUCUUAAGAAUAAUAUAAUAAUACAGAAAAAGAUAACAUUACAAAUAAAGAAUAUUAUUAUUUAUAGUGUA